AUGUGAAGAAGACAGGAUCGGGUCACACCCACCGUGACACACUGCCGCCCUCCACUUCCUCAUUUUUACUCCAUACUUACGACCUCCAACCAUCACAUCACAUCACAUCACACACACACAGCCCAGUGUCAGAGAUGAGUUACCCCGGAUACCCUCCUGCAGGUGGAAGUUACCCGCCUGCCUCCGGCCCGUAUCAGCAGGCCCCAGGCGGAUAUCCACCCCAACCGGGAGCCUACCCUCCCCAGGGCGGAUACUACACCCCUCAGCCCGGCGCGUUCCCCCCCGGAGCGGGAUACCCCCCCCAGGCCGGCGGAUACCCUGCCCAGGCCGGCGGUUACGCCCCCCAGGCCGGCGGUUACCCUCCUCAGGCCGGCGGUUACCCAGCUGCCCCGGGAGGAGGCUUCCCGCCCCAGGCAGGAGGUUACCCCGCCGCCCAGCCCGGGACCUACCCCAACAUGCCCCCUGCAGCAGGUGGAUGGGGCGCCCAACCCGGCUUUGGAGCUCCGGGUGGAGGAAUGCCUCAGGGUUACCCCGGGGUCCCAGCGCCGGGACAGCAGCCCAUGCCAGUGUACCCGGGUGCUUCAAACCCGUCAAUGCCUGGGUACGGAGGGGGUGUCCCGACCGGACCGACACCACCGGCCGCUCCUGCUGUCAAUAAGGGUUACCGCGGUACCAUCAAGGACUUUCCUGGCGCCGAUCCGCUCCGAGACGUCGAGGUGUUACGGAAAGCCAUGAAGGGCUUCGGAACCGAUGAAAACGCCAUUAUCGAGCUUCUCGGCAGUCGACCCAACAAGCAGCGCGUGCCGUUGAAGGCGGCGUAUAAAACCACUUACGGCAAGGAUCUGGUUAGCGACCUGAAGUCGGAGCUGAGAGGAAACUUUGAAAGUCUGGUGCUGGCCAUGCUGAAGGCUCCUGCGCACUUCGAUGCCUCUGAACUCAGGGAGGCCAUAUCGGGUGCAGGAACCGAUGAGGCCUGUCUCAUAGAGAUUCUGUCCUCUCGUAGCAAUGCUGAGAUUCGUGAGAUUACUAAGAUCUAUAAAGCAGAGUACGGUAAAUCUCUGGAGGACGCCAUCAGCGGAGACACGUCUGGACACUUUCGCCGUCUGCUCGUCUCUCUGUCUCAGGUACAGACACUCAUAAUGUGUAUAGUUUCUAAUCAUGUUCCAUCUGUGUAUUUUUCAGUGAAGUGCAUUAAAAACACUCCUGCCUACUUUGCUGAACGUCUCCACAAAGCCAUGCAGGGUGCAGGAACCAAAGACCGGACUCUGAUCCGCAUCAUGGUGUCCCGCUCUGAGGUGGACAUGCUGGAUAUCAGGCAGGAGUAUCUGCGGCUGUACGGGAUGUCGCUCUACACUGCCAUCUCUGGAGACACCUCUGGUGAUUACAAGAAACUGCUCCUGAAGCUAUGCGGAGGAAGUGACUGAAGAACCACGAAGUCAGAUGCGUUACCAUGACGACUGGAUAUGUGAUGUCAUCAUAUUAAUCACGCUCGUAUAUCAAUGUGUCAAAUAAUAUCACUAGUGUCAUGUUAACUAAUAUGUAAUCUCUCUUUACAGCUUUAUUAAUUUCACAGCCAAAAAUAGGAUUUCAUUUGUGCCAUAGAAAAAUGAUUACUAUAAUACAGUUCAUUAUUAGUUUUAUUUUGCUAUCUAUUCAGACUAUGCAUGAUAUCUAGAGAAGCUAUAUUUUGUACAGUGUCUUCAGUACCUGAUGCCAAAUCUGUGCUGUCACUCGCAACCAAAACUACAAUCUGUUCUUCAUCUCUGAAAUCUGAAAUGCCUUGGACGACUGAGUCUCUUGAAGUACUGAAAUAUAUGCCAUAGUUUUUAUAUAGUGAGCUUUAUUAUCUCUAUGCAAGAAGAAUAUAGGAUUAUAUCAAUCAUCAUGAAGGUCUUGAUGGGUCAGUCUCAUGAAAACGUGUCAUAUUUCACCCCAAAAUCAAAAUAUAAAAUUAGAAAUGAUCUUUGCUUAAAGAAAGUCAAGGCUAUUUUAGGAACAUUGAGCUGUUUGCAUCAUCACACUUUUUCAUGACAAUUAGGCACAUUUUUCUGCUAAAUUUCCUGUAAUGCAUAAUAGGUGUUUCUUUUUUGUAAUUCUCAUUUUUCUGAAUAGUGAUUCUUAAUAAAUGCUGUUUUAAACUAAUGUAAUCAUAUUUUGUACAACAAAUACUAACAUUGCUUAACAUUUUUUUAUUUGCAUAUUUUUCCAUCAUGGUAAUGCAUAUCUGUGGCUCUAAAACAGACGUUUGUUUUAUUUGAGUUUGGGAUGAAAUAUGAUCAGUUUUGUGAGAUUGGCCCUGUUUGUUGUCAUCGUCCAUGACUAGCAUGAAUGUGAAUCGCUGCAGCAGUAGAGGGCAGUAAAGUCAGCAAUCUUUCAUCCUGAUAAUCACUAGCUAAACAGGAGAUUCUGACCUGUUUAUUAACAUGAAGAAGACCACUCUUUUCAGGGAUUUCUAGCCUGUUUUUUUAGUAUGUUCACUCAAACUAAUCUGUACUGUUGUGUAAUAACAUUUGUGUCUGGUUAAUAAAAACACUUCAUGAA